AUGGCCAGUAUUGCAGACAGAAUCAAGGAUAGGACCUUGCGAAGAGCGUAUACUGGCCGGAUAACUCGCAGUCGAGCCGCCCAGAAGCAACAAAAUAUACAAGCCUCACGUAAUCGGCAAAAUUCAAAGAAAAGGAGCACAGUCGGUGACGAUGAAGACGAAGACGAAGACGAAGACGGAGAUGACAGUGGAGAUGACAGUCACAAAGACGACAGCCAGUCCUCUCCAAAGAAACCUGUAGCAUUAAGAAGAUGUGAUUUCUGCCUCCGUGAUCCCAUAGGCAAACAAAUGUGCAAACAGAGAUACUGCGACUAUUCCAAGGGGUGGAAAGGAAACUUCAUCGAAUGCUCCAACUGCGCUGACUACCGCUCGCAGAAUCCGGGCUCCGACCACAAGUGCAAGCCUCCUCAGAUCAACAAUGUCUGGCGCAAGUACGGCGUUGACGAUCCCAUGGGCUACCAGCCACCGGCCUGCGAUCAAUGCCUCAACACCAAGCUGGCCGACCAAUGCAAUGUUGAUUCCACCCUUGGCUACAGCUGCACGGCGACAAAAGCCUGCAGAGAGGGGAAAUGCACGGUCAACGGAAAGGAGAUGGAAGCUCGACCCAAAACGCGAGUUGACGUUGCUCGAUGGAUACGUGCCGAGUGCCAUGUUUGUCAUAACAAGACGAAGAAAGGUACCACGACUUCCGGAUGCAGCUGGCUCAAGGACCGCGCAACCUGGGACCGGGCUUGUUCAUAUUGCGAGGCUCAUAAUCUGACAUGUCUCCGCGGUGGACGUGUUGUUGCCAAUCCGCAAAGUCUGACUCUGCCGAGGGCUUGGGCCGCCAAUCUUCAGGUGUUUGAUCGGGGCUUUGUCGAGUGCAAAAGGAGCAACCCAGACCGCCGCUAUUGCAAGAGAUGUCGACAAGAUGAACACGACCACUGCCGCGCCGAUGCCAGUUCCUUCUUCUAUAGCUGCAAUCGCUGUGCCCAGCUGGGCGUGGACUGUAUCGACGCCGAUGACGAUACGUCGUAUCCCAUCUUCGACUUGUCCAGAGUCGGUGUUGGGGGUUUCCUGCCCUUUAUGGAAUGCGAAUGCUGCAGAGAAUCAGGGAGGAACUGCGAUCUUCAGCGGCCGUGUGAUUCAUGCGUCAAGCACGGGGACAAGUGUGAUGAUUGGAGAGGAGACACGGCGAAAUAUUGUAUCAAAGGGCGGUUGGACCCUCCCCCUGGACCUCUUUACUAUCUCGCGCUGGGAUAUGGUGCUGGGGGAGUUGAUGACCCCAAGGACGGAUCUGCCAUUGAACACUGGGUAGGUCCGGCCACAAACAUGUACGGCCUCCCCGAGAUUCAGAACAGAAACUUCAUCGCCACGAUGGGCGUUCAGCUACGAUCUAUGCUGAGGCCGCCGGGAGCGCCGCCGCACGGUGAUGCAGCUCAGGGGGGUUGUGUAAGUGGCCGAGCAAGCGAGAUAACUCGAGAGCAGAUUGUGGCGUGGAUCAAGGAUUGCUGGCCUCAGGCUGUGCCAAUGAAUGAGAUUGGGCAUUAUCGAGAGCGUGUAGAGGCCGUGCAGCAGAAGAUGCGGGAACUUCGGCAGGGGAAGAUUGUUUCGGCUCUUUUUCCAGAUUUUCCUGGCUAUGGCAGUGGUGACGAGGAAGACGAUGAUGGAGGCAACGAUGGAGCGAGCAACACCAAUGCCGACAGUCUCUGUAUCCGAACAAAAUCUACUGAUGGUGAUGAUGAUAAUGAGCGUAAUCGUUCUGUGAGUGCUCAUGGCGAUAAUGGCGACGCCGGUACCCCUGACUGGCUGUCAGAGUUUAUAAACUCGGCCAUGAUUGACGAUGGAGUCGUUUCACCUCCAUUCGAGUGUUCCACGUUGCCUGGACAGGGCCAGUUUGGCUUUGACGCUGCAGCUCCUUUCAGCCAGAUGGCUGCAAACUUGCAAUUCAGCCCGUUUGAAGUUUCCGGUAUAGAUCCCAGCCUCUAUUUGAUGGAUAUAGAUCGAGAUUUGGAUACAUAUGAGUCUAUGCAGCUUGAUUCUCGAGAUUUAUCAGCAAUAGAAGAUAUAGAAUUUAUCGAUCAUAACCCGCUUACCAUUACGCAAGAAGCCAUGAUUUUGCCGCGCUUGAAGCCAGCAAUACCCACCUUGUACAGUUUCUUCCCGGGCUGUCCAACACAGAUCGAGUCUCCCUUUUACAAUGUCCUGGGCCUCAUCCCAGAGGACGUCAGGCCCUUUGAACAAGACGGCGACUGGACCUGUUCCGAAACGAAUUGCAGCAAUCCCACCUCUCUGGACUCUGUCUGCCAAUGUCUCCUGCACGGAGCCGACUUUGCAACCGUCUGCAACGACUGCAGCGAGCAGAGUGCUCGUGAUCUAACCAGCAGUCUCCUCACCAAGGCGCAGAUACUGGCAAUGCGCGCAUAUCUCUGCCCCGGCUGCACAGCCCAGGUCAGCCAGAGCGUGGGCGAGGUCGCCAGGCGCAGAACCGUCGGCGCAGUCAACAUCUGGGGCGACUGCAGCGACAGCUACUACACAAAGACGGAGCUCGAGCUCGAGACGCGCUUUGGCAGGAUCAACUUCAGGGGCGCGGCCAGGCCCAUGACGGGAUGCUCCUGCGCAACAAAGCUGCUCGCCCAGCGGCUCUGCGGCCGGCAUCGCAGCUUGCAUGGCCGUUUGCUCGUGGAGCAGGUUGCGAGGAUGCGCGAGUGGUGUGUGCAGCACCUCGGCGGCAAUGUCUGUCCGGGCUGUCUCGUUGACAAGUCGGCGUAUGAGGCGAACCGGUCGAUGGAUCUGGCAGAUUUGCUGUCCGAGACGACUCCCAAGGCGUGGGCGUGCCUUGCCUGUGGCGAUUGGGUCGUGAACCAGAAGAGUGCAGGGCUUGUGCCGGGUUGGGAGCAGUGGUGUCCGCCGAGGAUGGAGGAUUAG